AACAGGUCCUUGAAAAUGGAGCUGGCCUGGAAUUCAGUCUUUAUUGUCCUCCUGAGCUUUUCGUGCUGGGGAUUAGAUUGGGAAUCUGAUAGAAAAUUCAUUUCAGCUGCUGGUCCUCUCACCAAUGACUUGCUAUACAACCUGAGUGAUCCACUGGGAAACCAGCGUUCUAAUUUUGCAGCAGAGGACAGAAGCAUUUAUGUUUGUCGCCAACCACUGCCCGCUUUCCUGCCGAAGUUCUUUAAUAGUGUUCGUGCCAGUAAGAUCACCCAUUACAAAGUAUUUCUUCCAUGGGCACAACUUCUCCCAACAGGAAGCUCCAAGAACCCAGACAGCAAAACAGUGCAGUGCUACCGGCAACUCCUUGAGACUCUCAAGACCGCACAGCUUCAGCCCCUGGUCGUUCUGCAUCACCAGACCCUUCCUGCCAGCACCGUCCAGAGAAGAGAAGUCUUUGCUGAUCUCUUUGCGGACUAUGCCACAUUCGCCUUCCACUCCUUUGGGGACCUGGUUAAGAUCUGGUUCACGUUUAGUGACUUGGAGGAGGUGAUAAAAGAGUUUCCACACCAGGAAUCAAGACCUUCACAUCUCCAGACCCUCACUGAUGCCCACAGAAAAGCCUAUGAGAUUUACCAUGAAAAAUAUGCUUCUCAAGGCGGAAAACUGUCUGUGGUCCUGCGAGCUGAAGCAGUCUCGGAGCUCCUGCUGGAACCAUCCACGUGUGCUCUUGCCAAGGGCACCGUCGAUUUCCUCUCUCUUGAUUUGUUUUAUGAAUGCCAAAGUGAGGCAAGUUUGCCACAGAAGUUGAGUAAAUUGCAGACUGUUGAGCCAAAAGUAAAAAUUUUCAUCUUCAAUCUAAGAUUCCAGGACUGCCCCUCCACCAGGAAGAAGUCAGCCAGACUGCUCUUCAGCCUUCUCGAGGCCAUAAAUAAAAGCCAAGUGAUCACCAUUGGUUUUGAUCUCAAUACUUUCCUGAGCUGUUCAAGUUCCAAGAAAAGCGGGCCCUGCUCUCGGACAGACAGCGCGCCCCUCCAGACCGCCGCGCAGCCUGCCCUAGGGACCGCAGCAGGUUCCUCCUCGCUGCGGGGCUCCGCCUACCGGAGAGUCUGGGGAACAUUUGCCAACCAAUCCACGGCCGAAAGGGACGCUUUCCUGCGGGAGGAUUUCCCCAAAGGCUUCCUCUGGGGCGUCUCCACGGGAGCCUUUAACGUGGAAGGAGGCUGGGCCGAGGGCGGACGAGGGCCGAGCGUCUGGGACCACCUGGGUCGCCGGCACGCCUCCGAGGGCGCAGCAACACCGGAGGUGGCCAGUGACAGCUACCACAAGGUGGACACCGAUGUGGCCCUGCUUCGCGGCCUCCAAGCUCACGUCUACAAGUUCUCCAUCUCCUGGUCCCGCAUCUUCCCCACGGGGCUCGGGCCCGGACCCAGCCGCCAGGGCGUAGCCUACUACAGCAGGCUCAUCGACAGCCUGCUGGACGCGCGCAUCCAGCCCAUGGCCACGCUCUUCCACUGGGACCUGCCCCAGGCCCUGCAGGAGCGCGGCGGGUGGCAGGACGACAGUGUGGUGGACGCCUUCCUGGACUACGCGGCUUUUUGCUUCGCCACCUUCGGGGACCGCGUGAAGCUGUGGGUGACCUUCCAUGAGCCGUGGGUGAUGAGCUACGCGGGCUACGGCACGGGCCGACACGCACCGGGCAUCUCCGACCCGGGUGUGGCCUCUUUCAAGGUGGCUCACUUGGUCCUCAAGGCUCAUGCCAGAGUUUGGCACCACUAUAAUAGCCACUAUCGUCCACAGCAGCAGGGACGUGUGGGCAUUGUGUUGAACUCAGACUGGGCAGAACCUCUGUCCCCAGAGAGGCCUGAGGACCUGAGUGCCUCUGAGCGCUUCUUGCACUUCAUGCUGGGCUGGUUUGCACACCCCAUCUUUGUGGAUGGAGACUACCCUGCUGCCCUGAAGGCCCAAAUCCAACAGAUGAACCAACAGUGCCCCAGUCUUGUGGCCCAGCUCCCUGAGUUCACCGAGGCAGAGAAGCAACUCCUGAAAGGCUCUGCUGAUUUUCUGGGUCUGUCUCAUUACACUUCUCGCCUUAUCAGCACGGCCCAACAAGAUUCCUGCAUCCCUAGCUAUGACACCAUUGGAGGCUUUUCCCAACAUGUGGACCCUGCAUGGCCCCAGACCUCAUCCCCUUGGAUUUAUGUGGUGCCCUGGGGUAUAAGGAGGCUAUUGCAGUUUGUAUCUUUGGAAUACACAAGAGGAAAAGUUCCGAUCUACCUGGCUGGGAAUGGCAUGCCCAUAGGGGAGACUGAAGAUCUCCUUGAGGAUUCCUUGAGAGUAGACUACUUCAAUAAAUAUAUCAAUGAGGUGCUCAAAGCUAUCAAGGAGGACUUAGUGGAUGUUCGAUCUUACAUCGCUCGUGCCCUCAUGGAUGGCUUUGAAGGCCCCUUUGGUUAUAGCCAGAGGUUUGGACUGUAUCAUGUCAACUUCAAUGACAGCAGCAAGCCAAGGACUCCCAGGAAAUCUGCCUACUUUUUCACCAGCAUCAUUGAAAAGAACGGUUUCCUCCCCAAGGCCGUAAAGAGACUGCCACCACCCAGUAUAGCAAACUUCCCACGUAAAAUCAGAGCCUUCACUUUUCCGUCUGAUGUGCCCUCCAAAGCCAAAGUAGUUUGGGAAAAGUUCUCCAACCAACCCAAGUUUGAAAGAGAUUUGUUCUACCAUGGUACUUUCAGAGAGGACUUUCUCUGGGGCGUGUCCUCAUCAGCCUAUCAGAUUGAAGGAGCUUGGAAUGCUGAUGGCAAAGGCCCCAGCAUCUGGGAUAACUUCACCCACACACCGGGGAGCAAUGUGAAAGGGAAUGCCACUGGAGACAUCGCCUGUGACAGCUAUAACCAACUGGAUGCCGAUCUGAAUAUGCUUCGAGCUUUGAAGGUGAAGGCCUAUCGCUUCUCUAUCUCCUGGUCUCGGAUUUUCCCAACAGGGAGAAACAGUUCUAUCAACAGACACGGUGUUGAUUAUUACAACAGGCUGAUCAAUGGCUUGGUGGCAAGCAACAUCUCUCCCAUGGUGACACUGUUCCACUGGGACCUGCCCCAGGCCCUCCAGGAUAUUGGAGGCUGGGAAAAUCCUUCCUUGAUUGAGUUGUUCAACAGCUAUGCAGACUUUUGUUUCCAGACCUUUGGGGACAGAGUCAAGUUCUGGAUGACCUUUAAUGAGCCCACAAACCAGGCAUGGUUGGGUUAUGGCUCAGGGGAUUUUCCUCCAAAGGUGAAAGACCCAGGCUGGGGACCUUACAGAAUUGGCCAUGCAAUCAUCAAAGCUCAUGCCAGAGUAUAUCACACUUACGAUGAGAAAUACAGGCGGGAACAGAAGGGGGUCAUCUCUUUGAGCCUCAGUGCACACUGGGCAGAGCCCAAGUCCCCUGAGAUCCCGAGGGAUGUGGAGGCAGCUGACCGAAUGCUGCAGUUCUCACUGGGCUGGUUUGCCCACCCCAUUUUCCGAAACGGAGACUAUCCCGAUGCCAUGAAGUGGAAAGUGGGGAACAGGAGUGAGCUUCAACACUUAGCCACCUCCCGCCUGCCAAGCUUCACUGAGGAAGAGAAGAGGUACAUCAGGGCCACAGCUGACGUGUUCUGCCUCAACACCUACUCCUCCAGAAUUGUGCAGCACAAAACACCCAGGUUAAACCCACCCUCCUAUGAAGAUGACCAGGAGACAACCAAGGAGGAGGACCCUUCAUGGCCUUCCACAGCAAUAAACAGAGCUGCACCCUGGGGGACACGAAGACUGCUCAACUGGAUCAAGGAAGAGUAUGGUGACAUACCCAUUUACAUCACUGAAAAUGGAGUGGGGCUGACAAAUCCAAAAGUGGAAGAUACUGAUAGGAUAUUUUACCACAAAACCUACAUCAAUGAAGCUUUGAAAGCCUACCGACUUGAUGGUGUAGACCUUCGAGGGUAUUCUGCAUGGUCUCUGAUGGACAACUUUGAGUGGCUGAAUGGCUACACAGUCAAGUUUGGACUGUACCAUGUUGAUUUCAAUAACACGAACAGGCCUCGCACAGCAAGAGCCUCCGCCAGGUACUACACAGAGGUCAUCACCAACAACGGCAUGCCGCUGCCCAGGGAAGACGAGUUUGUCUAUGGACAGUUUCCCGAGGGCUUCAUCUGGAGUGCAGCUUCCGCCGCAUAUCAGAUCGAAGGUGCGUGGAGAGCAGAUGGCAAAGGACUCAGUAUUUGGGACACAUUUUCUCACACACCGCUGAAGGUUGGAAAUGAUGACACCGGAGAUGUGGCCUGUGACAGUUAUCACAAGAUUGCUGAGGAUGUGGUUGCCCUGCAGAACUUGGCUGUCUCCCACUAUCGCUUCUCCAUCUCCUGGUCUCGUAUCCUCCCGGAUGGAACCACAAAAUAUAUCAACGAAGCAGGCCUCAACUACUACGUGCGGCUCAUUGACGCGCUGCUGGCUGCCAACAUCAAGCCCCAGGUGACCAUUUACCACUGGGACCUGCCCCAGGCACUCCAGGACGUUGGAGGCUGGGAGAAUGACACCAUUGUGCAGCGGUUUAAAGAGUAUGCAGAUGUGCUCUUCCGGAGGCUGGGAGACAAGGUGAAGUUUUGGAUCACUCUGAAUGAGCCCUUUGUCAUCGCUAACCAGGGCUAUGGCUACGGGACAUCAGCUCCAGGAAUCUCCUUUAGGCCUGGCACUGCCCCCUACGUUGUUGGCCACAACCUAAUAAAGGCUCAUGCUGAGGCCUGGCAUCUGUACAAUGAUGUGUACCGUGCCAGUCAAGGUGGUGUGAUUUCCAUCACCAUCAACAGCGACUGGGCUGAGCCCAGAGACCCUUCCAACCAGGAGGAUGUGGAGGCAGCCAGGAGAUACGUUCAGUUCAUGGGAGGCUGGUUUGCACAUCCUAUUUUCAAGAAUGGUGAUUACAACGAGGUGAUGAAGACACGGAUCCGUGACAGGAGCUUGGCCGCAGGCCUCAGCAAGUCUCGGCUCCCAGAGUUCACGGAAAGUGAGAAGAGGAGGAUCAAUGGCACUUAUGACUUUUUUGGAUUCAAUCACUACACCACCGUCCUGGCCUACAACCUUGACUAUGCCUCUUGGAUCUCUUCCUUUGAUGCAGACAGAGGAGUUGCCUCCAUCACAGAUCGUUCUUGGCCAGACUCUGGCUCCUUCUGGUUGAAGGUGACACCUUUUGGCUUUAGGAAGAUACUGAACUGGAUAAAGGAGGAGUACAACAACCCCCUAAUUUACGUAACAGAGAAUGGAGUGUCUCAACGUGGAGAAACUGACCUCAACGACACUCUAAGGAUCUCCUACCUCCGCAGUUACAUCAAUGAGGCGCUCAAAGCUGUGCAGGAUAAGGUGGACCUUCGAGGAUACACGGUUUGGAGUGUGAUGGACAAUUUUGAGUGGGCCACAGGCUUCGCAGAGAGGUUUGGUCUGCAUUUUGUGAACUACACGGACCCUUCUCUGCCAAGGAUCCCAAAAGCAUCAGCCAAGCUCUUCGCCUCUAUAGUCCGGUGCAACGGCUUCCCUAACCCUGCAGCGGGGCCACACCCUUGUCUCCAGCCAGAAGAUGCUGGACCUACCGUCAGCCCCAUGCAGGAGGAGGAAGUUCAGUUCCUGGGGUUAACACUAGGUGUGACGGAAGCCCAAACAGCUUUGUAUGUACUCUUUUCUCUUGUGAUUCUUGGCGUCUGCUGUGUGACAUUUCUGUCAUACAAGUACUGUAAGCGCUCCAAGCAAGGGAAAACACAACCAGGCCAACAGGAAUUGAACACUCUUUCUGCAUUCUGA